AAUAAACCAACAGAAAGUCCAGUGGUAAUGAUUGCAGAGGCAGCGCAGCCCAACCAGCUGGGCGGUGUGUAAUCCCCGCACAGGCGGUGUUUGCUUCAAAUAGACUACAGACCUAGCUCUCUGUAGGAGGAGGAUGGAGGUCCUGCAGGACUAAAUUAAACAUCGACGUGUAAAUGGCGACAAACUGUGAUGUACGUACAUUAAAUGUGGGUUUUGUCAACAGGGAAGUGGGUUUUGGGGGAAUUUUUCACCGGCUGCCAGCGAUGCUUAGUUGGCCGUUUGCGGGUCCUCUCGGCUCUCGCUGACAGAAGGAAACGUUAGACAAGCUAUGUUUUUCUGAGAUGUUUGCCACCUCAGAACUCAACACCAAACUGCCUUUCCAGCAUCAGAAGAUAGCCAGCCAGCUUGCAAGAUGGACAUCAAGAAGGAAUGACGCUGUCUCUUUUCACCUUGGGUGAUGCACCAGCACUUUAUGAAAAUGCACUGCGGCGGGUACGUUCUUCUCGUCCUGGUGUCUCUCACCACCUCCUGGACCGUUGGGGCCGAAAACCAAACAGAGAACAGCAACGUGACACACGGCGGGUUUGUCCCUGUUGUGUUCACAAACGUAAACCAGAUCAUCGCUCAUGAGGGGAGCUGUGCACUGAUCGACUGCAAUGUCACUGGUGACCCAUUUCCCAACAUUCAGUGGUUCAACUCUCACGGAGAACGCCUUAACACAGAGAUGAGCGAAGGGAAGUGGUGGCUGCUGGAUGAUGGCAUCCUCAACAUCACUAGCAUUGAGUUUUCAGACCGCGGGAAGUACACCUGCAUGGCGUCAAACAUCCAUGGCAGCUCCAACUGCACAGUGACCCUGCGCGUGGUCUUCACCAAGGGCGACAUGGGCGUGUAUUACAUGGUAGUGUGUCUGGUUACCUUCACCAUCAUCAUGAUCUUGAAUGUCACGCGCCUGUGCAUGAUGAGCAGCCACCUGAAGAAGACCGAGAAAGCCAUCAACGAGUUCUUCCGCACCGAGGGCGCAGAGAAGCUCCAGAAGGCCUUUGAGAUCGCCAAGAGAAUCCCCAUCAUCACCUCGGCCAAAACGCUGGAGCUGGCCAAGGUAACACAGUUCAAGACCAUGGAGUUCGCCCGGUACAUCGAGGAGCUGGCGCGCAGCAUCCCGCUGCCACCGCUCAUCAUGAACUGCCGCACCUUUAUGGAGGAGAUCCUGGAAGUGGUCGGGGUGGAGGAGAUGAGGCACACCUUCGUCAGGCACGCCCCUGACUUACCGGGCCGUAUUCCCUCCCUCGGGGUGAGGGACGUAUUCACCAUCCUGCAGGUAAGGGAGAGAGAGCGCAGCGAGUCCCCUGCUGCCGACUCGGACAACUCUUCUGUCCACGAGCAGCCGCAGCACAUCGCCAUCCAGGCGUCGAUCCACCCGCCGCUCUCUCCCAGAGACUACUGCGGCGUGGAAGCCCCUCAGCAGCCGGAGACCUCCACACCACCUCCUCAGUGUGAGGAGCAGAGUGAGGCGGAGGAGGAAAGACCAGCUCAUCAGAGCCCUCCCUGCCAGGUGUUUUAUGAAAGCCAUGUGUGACGAAACUCUGAGGAAGUAUCCUGCUAUGCACCUCCACUUGAAGACCACAGAGGUCCACCAAACAUUUUCAUUUCUCGUUUUUGGAAAGAAACAAUCAGACUUGAUUUAACUUCAACUUAAUCUCUUAAUCUGCUCUGGAGAAAACAGAAGCUCUGUAGACCGCUCUUCUUCUGUCUCUGGGUCUUUAUGCUUGAAUGUACACAAAGCAGUCUUUAUUAAUGAGUGGAGGUGAGUCUGUUACAGGAGGAGUUCUGGCUCUGGGAGCUGUUAGUUUCUUAUAUUGUUAGAUGUUUUUCUACUAUCUCCGCUGCUCUGAUGUCGUCCAACGUCCUGCUAAAGCCUACAGCUGCAUGCCAGCCUGAUGAAGCAUCAGAACUAGCUUGAUUGUAAAAAAGUGCUUUUCCUGUUUAGACACACUUCUGGGUGGAGUCUCCUUUGAUAUUUAUUUAAGUUAAGUAUUAUUACCCCCGUGUGGAGUACUUUGAUUUCUCCUGUUUGUAAACAAUCUUCAGUUAAAAACUGCUGUUUUAGGUUAAAACACACGUCCAACCCUUCUGCAGAAGCUCUUGCAUGUUAAGGUGGAAUGUGGAGAUGUGUGACAUCCUGUUCUGGGACCUAAAAGACUCCUUGUGUUUCUCCCUCUGCUUUGCUAAAACCUCCGUCUGUGGUGGAGACGAGCUGGACACUAUUCUGCUUCUUACUGGUGCUCUCUCUUUGUAGUGGAAUAAAAUGCAAGUGCUGUGCUCUAAGAAAA